GCGCGAUCGGUUUACGUAAGUUCUCCGUCGGCCUAAACAAACAAAAUAUUACGAAUAAACCAGCUAUAUGGCUUCAUAAAGCUGUUCUUGGUGAAUUUAAAGUGUUUUCGCACAUAAUUAAGUAACUUAAUCCGAGUAACUUUAAAGCCGCGAAAUGUACGGGUUUGUUAACUAUGCGUUGGAGUUAUUGGUGAUGAAAGCUUAUGGAGUGGAAAUAUGGGAGAAAAUCAAGAAAAAGGCUGAGGUGGCGAUGGAAGGCUCAUUCCUUGUUCGGCAGAUAUAUGAUGAUGAAAUCACAUACAAUCUCAUUACAGCUGCCGUUGAAGUAUUGCAGACACCAGCGAACGAAAUACUUGAGCUUUUUGGAAUGACAUUCUUUGAGUUCUGUCAAGAUUCUGGCUAUGACAAGAUUCUUCAAGUCCUUGGAGCUACACCUCGCGAUUUCUUACAGAAUCUAGACGGUCUGCAUGACCACUUGGGUACCCUAUACCCGGGAAUGCGCGCGCCCUCCUUCCGUUGUACGGAGCGGCCGGAAGAUGGCGCUUUGGUCCUCCAUUACUAUUCCGACAGGCCAGGACUAGAGCACAUCGUGAUUGGUAUUGUUAAGACAGUAACAAGCAAGCUGCAUAACACAGAAGUGCAGGUAGAAAUCCUGAAGACGAAAGAGGAGUGCGACCAUGUCCAGUACCUCAUCACUGAGACUUCUACUGGGAGAGGAACCGCGCCCGAGAUGACAGAGAUACGGACUUUGUCAAAAGAACCGAAAGUCAGUCCAGCGACAUUCUGCCGCGUGUUUCCAUUCCACCUGAUGUUCGAUCGGGAGCUGAACAUAGUCCAAGCAGGUCGCUCCGUCACUCGGCUCUUGCCGAGACUGAAUAAACCCGGCUGCAAGAUCACCGAUGUUUUGGAGACGGUACGACCUCACCUCGAGAUGACAUUCGCUAAUGUGUUGGCUCACAUCAACACAGUUUAUGUUCUGAAGACGAAGCCUGAGGAAAUGAGCGUCAGUGAUCAUCAUGAGGACAUCGCUUCUUUAAGAUUGAAGGGCCAAAUGUUAUACAUCCCUGAAACUGAUGUGGUUGUCUUCCAAUGCUACCCCAGUGUCACCAAUCUUGAUGAUCUGACACGUCGGGGCCUCUGCAUCUCCGACAUACCUCUCCACGACGCCACAAGAGACUUGGUGCUGAUGUCCGAGCAGUUCGAGGCUGACUACAAGCUCACUCAGAAUUUGGAGGUUCUCACGGACAAACUUCAGCACACAUAUAGGGAACUGGAGGCUGAGAAGCAGAAGACUGAUAGACUUCUCUACUCGGUAUUACCCAUGAGCGUGGCGACGGAACUACGUCACCGGCGUCCAGUGCCAGCGCGGAGAUACGACCCUGUGACUCUUCUAUUCAGCGGUAUCGUCGGAUUCGCCAACUACUGCGCCAGGAACAUCGACCACAAGGGCGCCAUGAAGAUUGUCAAAAUGCUCAACGAUCUCUACACGGCGUUUGACGUGCUUACCGACCCGAAGAGGAAUCCCGACGUUUAUAAGGUGGAAACAGUAGGUGACAAGUACAUGGCGGUAUCUGGUCUGCCAGAAUACAAAGAAGGCCACGCCAAGCACAUCUGCCUCCUCGCUCUGGAGAUGAUGGAUUUGUCCAAAACCGUCACUGUUGAUGGAGAACCUGUGGGAAUAACAAUUGGGAUCCAUUCUGGGGAAGUGGUGACGGGAGUUAUCGGCCAUCGUAUGCCUCGGUACUGUCUCUUCGGGAACACUGUCAACCUGACAAGCAGAUGCGAGACCACUGGAGUUCCGGGGACUAUUAAUGUCAGCGAGGAUACGCACAGCUACCUUAUGCGUGAAGACAACUAUGACGAACAGUUCGAGCUGACAUAUCGUGGUCAUGUCUCCAUGAAAGGAAAAGCAGUGCCGAUGCAGACCUGGUUCUUGACAAGAAAGACAAAAUAGGCCUGAACUGUUUAUGACUUUAGAUCUCAUUAGUAUUGUAUUCGAUGUUUAGUAUGGCCUACUUUGGCCUACAAAUUUAUAUAGAGUAUAUACCUGUGAAAAUCAAUGUUCUAUCGGCUUUAAACUAAUUAAAAAAAUAUUAUUCAAUUAAUCAUGGAAAAGUUUUAAAAGGACUUUAAGUCGAAUUUUUACGAUGGAUUUCUUUUCACACAUUUUUAUUGUUUGAUCGUUCGAUCACAUUUUUGCAGCAUUCUUGUAGUACACAUUAGCAUGUGAUAUAUUAUGGUAGGUAUUAUGAUGUUUGCGUCAUUAUUUACUUGUUAUGUAUUUGACAACCUUAUAACGUAAAAUGACCUGAAACUGCUUUAUUAAUGUUUUAUAAGUAUUACAAUAAAACAUACAAAAUCACAAGUAGACAAUAUAUUACACUUUGCUUUUGAUUUAAUAUCGCAUUGAAGAGGGUCAUGUGGUACAAAACCUUACUAUUGCGAAGGAUCCCACUAAAUGACAAUUUUUUAAUUUAUAACAUUACAAACGAUUUUUGUGAAUAUUCCCAGAUUUCGUAUACAAUUCUAAUCUGGUAUUUACUAACGCAUUACACAAAUUUAUGUAUACGGUCUUAUUCAUAUUUUUUUCUUUUUAUAAAUGACGGGACUUCUUUGCUCUUGAUCCUCAUAAACUUUCCCCAAUUAUGUUCUAUAUGGGCCGUUCAAGUAUUACAAAAGCAAAUUUACUACAAUUUAUUCUGCCUUUUUUAGCAAAAGUAAGCUAAGCCCUCAAAAAAAAAUACAUAAACGUAAUAUUUUUUUGUAGGAAUCCUCGAAAAUUCAUUUGAUUUUCAAACAUAGACAAUGUGUGGGUAAUACGUCUAAAAAUGUAAAUAAUUACUGUUGACGUAAUCACCAAAUAAGAAAAUCAAAAUCCCCUACACCUUCUAGUGCUUAAGUAAUACUUGAAAGGUCCCUAUAUACCUAAAAGUUUAUUAAUGU